AUGGUUGUGUGGGUGGCCAACAGAGAUAAUCCCAUCAACAGCAGCUUAGGAGUUCUUUCAAUAGGUUCUGAUGGAAACCUAGUGCUGCAAGCCAAUACUAGCCAAGGCCUUCUUCCUCUGUGGUCAACAAAUGUUUCGAUAUCAUCAGCAAGCAACGAUAAUAUUUUUGCGCAAAUUCUUGAUUCAGGGAACCUUGUUUUGGCUCAACAAGGUAGCCAUGAUGUUUUUUGGCAGAGCACUGAUCACCCUACAAAUAUUCUUCUUCAGAAUAUAAAAAUGGGGUUGGAUAGAAGAAGUGGCAUAAACCGGUUCCUCACGAGUUGGAACUCGGAAAAUGAUCUUGGGACGGGGAAUGUUUCGUUGAGAAUUGACCCGAAUGGAUCGCCUCAAAUGAUCUUGUACAACAUUGAGGCUAAAUUGUGGAGGUCAAGACAUUGGAACGGGAUUAAAUGGAGCGGGACACCUGCCGCGCAGCCGAAGGAUGUGUUUAAGAUCAAUUUUGUGAACAACAAAGAUGAAAUUACUUAUCAGUGGACUGUUCUCGACCCUUCAGUUUACUCACUCUAUGGCAAGUGUGGUAAAUUCGGCAAUUGCAAUCCUACUAUCAAUGGAUUUAACUGCACAUGCUACCCCGGAUAUGAACCAAUAUCACCACAGGAUUGGGAUUUGAAAGAUGGGAGAGGCGGGUGCAAGAGGUAG